GAGGGGGCUUUGACCAUGGCUCAGGACCACUCUGUCUUGGGACUUCAGCUUCGCUUCUCCUUCUUUCUGCUCCUCCAGCUCCUACUCUCCAAAAUGACCGAGCCAGCAGCAGCAUCUGAAUUCAGCCCGGACCAGAUUGAGGACUUCAAGGAGGCUUUUGGCCUCUUCGACAGAGUCGGUGACAGCCAGGUGGCCUUCAACCAGGUUGCUGACAUCAUGCGCGCUCUGGGCCAGAAUCCCACCAACAAGGAUGUUAUUAAGAUUCUGGGCACCCCAUCCGCUGAUGACAUGGCGAACAAGAGGGUGAACUUCGAAGCUUUCCUGCCCAUGCUGAAGGUUGUGGACGCCCAGCCCAAGGGAUCCUAUGACGACUACGUUGAGGGUCUGCGCGUCUUCGACAAGGAGGGCAACGGCACAGUCAUGGGCGCCGAGCUUCGUAUCGUGCUGUCCACCCUGGGAGAGAAGAUGACCGAGCCCGAGAUUGACGCCCUCAUGACCGGACAGGAAGACGAGAGCGGCAGUGUGCACUACGAGGCUUUCGUCAAGCACAUCAUGUCUGUGUAAGAGGCCAGCAGCAGGAGUGCUGAGGCUGUAGCUCGCCUACAGACAGCCCCAACGGUGUUCAGGACAUCUACACUUUACCAAAGACCAACCAAGGAAAGACAAGGACUAUGUACAAGGGAUGUUGAAGCAAACCCAUCUUGUUGUUUAUUUUGUUUUUCUUGCCAUUUCGUCUCAAACCCUCCUCCCUCGGAACAUCACCAUCAACCUCUCCGUUGUAGAACCACCAUCACUUGGCCUCCGCUCCACCCAGGGGCGCGUCUCCACCCACCGCAUGGGGUGAGGCACGGGGGAGAAGGGAUGACCGCUCAUCAAGUGAGGGUAGAUCCCUCCCUUCCCACCGCCACCUCAUUCAGUCACGCCAUCACUGGCCCAGCAAUGCCUAAGGUGCUGGAGAAUGGUCGUGGAUAAGACCGCCAAAAGUCUCCCACCUCCCUGAAAAGUUUUAUUUAUUGUCACUCUGUUCAUUUCAGAAUAAACUUUUCCAACGUACAUCCCA